AUGGAAGUGAAGUGUGAAAACCUACAAGUCGAUGAAUUUUCAUUGCCCAAUCCUUCUUCGUGCGAUGAAAUUUUGGUGCCCGAUAUCGGUAGUACUGUUGAUAUAAGUGAAAAUCAAGCGGAACUCGUUUGUGAUUCGCCUUCAAAGGUAUGGACAGGCAAACGAGCUGUGUGUUCUUUUUCCGCAAACAAUAAUGACCUAGAUGACUAUCCCUUUCAUGCCGUGACGUAUGGUGAACCUGGUGAAUUGCACGGACUUCCUUAUAAUGAUCAUAACUAUGCAAAGGUGUGUGAAGAUGAAGCGAGUGGUGAUAACCAAUUGGCUCUAUUGGCUAAAGUUGCGCUAUCGGGAAAAGAAAGUAAUACCAUUACGCUUCAAAGAUCUGUUUCAACUUCGAAGACGGUAUCCACUACCCCUGACGUUGUUUCAAGUCCCGUUUUCCGAAACUCAAAUGUUCCCCAUGUAACGAUUAUUAAGGCUCCCUUCCUUAAUCAAAGUUACCAGUCUCCAUCAUCGUUGCAACCAGCAACUUGUAAAGUAGCCACUACAAAUGGCAGGACCAUUCUUUUAACUCCUAAUCGGGGUAGCCUCGGUGCAUCUGUCCAGAUUCAUCGUGUUUCGUCCGUUAAGCCUCCUCAAGUCCUAUUAAGAACAGAUUUUAAUUCCGCUAAUGACGGCGCUGUCUAUAAUGGUAUCUCAAACGCUGUCACCAUUCGCUGCAUUUGUGGUUAUAAUAGGGAUGAUGGUUUUCUUAUUCAAUGCACCAAUUGCAAAAUUUUUCAACAUGCAGAAUGUAUGGCUCCCUCCUCAAAUAGUGUUCUUCCAAAGCCAUAUCUAUGCGAAUUAUGUCAACCACGUCCUGUUAUGGUUAGUGAGGCUGUCGGUUUACAACGGAGGAAAUUGGCAAUUUCUGCUCCUCAGACCCCACUGACAGCAAGUACAAUUCGAUUAGCUAAUCCCGCCACGGCAUUUCGACUACCUCGUUCUAACCAUCCAACUAUCGCCCCCAAUCGAUUUUUCCUCACCGGAAGUACUACUAGUCAAAAUUCCACCUCUUUAUCAGUUCGUCCUAUUCAAGUUCGACUUGGUGAAACCGGUGCAACUCUCUACCAGGUUGAUUCCACAACUCUCAAUCAGUUUUCGCCUCGAUUCAUCAACUUGGAUGCCUCCGCUCUUACUAGACAACCAUCUCAGCCUUCCUAUGUCAAUACUACAAGUAGUCAGCGUACUUCUAAACGCAAACAAGAUCUCUUUACUUUGGCAGGAGAAUCUACUUCUACAUUUGAUAAUAUAUCAAAUAGUUACUCCUACGAAGAAUCGAGCAUCCCCAAUGGUCAACAUAUUUCCGUCUCUAAUAGUAUUGAUCAAACAAGUAUUUCCAAUAGCGAGGGUAAUGAUCUACCGGGCCCCAAGUUUUAUCGCACACCUUCACAAGCAAUGAACUCUGUUGUUGGAGUUGAUAACAUCGAUUGUGCAAAGGUUGAUCAUUACACUAAUUGUGAUGUGACACUGUCUUGUGGUGUUCCAGAGCCAAAUUCAGCUGAUGUUGUCAUUAGAAGUGACUCCUAUGAGAAAGCGGCUGAAACACGACUCUCUGAGGCCCUUAAACAACGAAUUCGAAACAUAUUCCUCUCACCUUCUGAACGAGAAUUGAAGACUCUCCAAAUGGCAGACUCGUUUGCUCUUUCUCGUGGUCAACAGAAGUGUCGUGUUACAAGUUUUGAAUCUGGGCGCAAGGGACUUGUUGCGACAGAGUCCAUUUAUCCCAACCAACCUAUUAUCGAAUACAAGGGUUAUGCCAUGCUGAUGGAUGAGUACAGUCAACAACAUGAUUACAAGAGACGCUAUAAUCCCUUCGUGUUGUUUUACAAACAACUUGACAAGGCGGUUAUAUGCUUGGAUGCGAGUAAUUACGGCAACGAGGCGAGAUUUAUCCGACGCUCUUGUAUACCUAAUUGUGAAGUAAGCACUUGGUGUGUGCACAUGUCAAGGGUUAGACUUACUUUCCCACCAACAGAUUCAUUUUCCUCCGUGGUGAACCCUCAGUGCAUUCAAUUUGUUAUCACUUCGGCAGUAAAUCGGGUUAUCCCUGUGGGUACUGAACUCACAGUGGGCUUCGAUUUCGACUACACGGCCUGUAGUUACCCGGUUCGGUGUGCCUGUGGUCGUGGGCCUUCCCUUUGUGCUGUCGCAGAUUGGUUUCGACGUCACAGGCAUUUGUCAAUCUCCCAACGUCAUAGGAUUUAUAGUGAUACAGAGGAGAAAUAUGGAGACGGUGAUGGUGGCGGUGGCGGUGGCGGUGUUGACUACGACUUUGACAAUGAAGAUGAGAUGAGCGAUGAGGGGGAAAAUGACCUCUAUGACCGAAACCGAAGCCGGUUUGUUAGUGUUAAGCCACCUCGCAGUAGAAUUCCAUUCAAGCGUUUGCUAAAUCCUAAACGCGUAAGCCCGGCCUUCUCUCGCGUCCCUUAUCCCUCUGCCAAACAAAUUGUUCAUGAACAACAGUAUCGUAGGCACUCGAAUGGUAUAGCGGUUGGAGAUGCCUUCCCCCCUAUAGCAAGUAAACGUGGCACGGGACGGGGAGGAACACGCGGUGCAGCACGAGGGUCAGGUCGUGGACGAGGCCUUUUAUCAACGGUUCCCACUCGAUCGAAUCAACCACUUCGAGCUCCUGGUAGACCACGUGGACGGCCACCAAACAGUGGCGUCAAGCGUAAUUCGAUCACUCAUCGGCAGCCACUGCCACCACCGCCACAUUCCGAGAACGAAGAGGAAGAAGCAGAAUUUUGUCGUGCAAAGAAUUCAAUCGCCUCUUCUUCCCCACAAACUGAUGUCACUGAGCCUUCCUCCACUUCCCCUUGGCGCUUUUCUCGUUCUCCAGCGGCGACUACCAACGACGUUCCUUCAAAUCGUGUUCGCCGUUUCAGUGGUGUCGAGGAUACUGGUGCAAAUAGAAAGAGAUAUUUGACAAAAGACUUAACUAGAUUUAGAAAAUCCUCGAAGAAUCUGCGGUCUCCAAUGCACCAUCGAUCUUGUAGACGUCCACCUUUGAUACAUUCGCCGAAUUCACCACAACUGCAGUCUCCUGAAGGUGAUAAUUCAGUUUUCACUGAAAAAUCAACGCUAGAUGUCAAGUCACCUCAAUCAAAGGCGAAAAGGGUUAGAAAGUUGUCUGGACGUAAUAUAAAUGGUCUGGAUGGUUAUGAGAAGAGUGGUGGUGAAUUAGUUUCAUCUACCAAACGUCCACGAAGACAGUCAGAUUUUGGAGCCUAUGACUCGCACAUUGAAGAACAGAAUGAUCUUUCUGGUAAAGAACAGUCGAGAUCAAGCAAAUUCCGAGAGGACAGAUGGCUUGCUGAAGUUAUGCGUCGGAUUGAACGCAUGGAAAAAAAGCGCUCUAAGAGGGGUUUAGUGGAGAAGAAACCGAAGAUUGAGAAGUCUGAGGAAACAUCAUCGAUUGUUGAACCGAAAUCUGAACUCCAUUCUCCAAAAUCUCCUGCAAUUGAUGGCAAUGAGGCGUUGACGAAAAGAAGCGUUGACAUCAAAGAUGAAGAGGAAGCGGUGAUGGAUGGGUCUACAAAAAAGAGGAGAUCUACUGUGUCAGGUGCAUCAGGCGCGGGCCAUUCUGGAUCAGCUGCUCAACUGUCCCGUGAAGAUAGGUGGAUGCAAAUGCAGCUUCAAAGAAUUGCUGAGAUGGAGUCCACAGAAACUCCUGUUGACACUCCUGCGAAACGUCGUCGUGCCAGUAGUGGAAAUAAAAUAUCCGGUGAUAAUCAGCGGUCUUCGACAAAGAAGGAAUUGGGAUUAGACAGUAACAAUUCCCAUGGAAUGAGAGAAGGUGAGGAGGAAUGCAGUCUGAUCGUCUACAAACGUCGUGAACAAGAUCCAAUGGCGAAAUUCAGUCGUUCGCGAACUGCUCUUCAUCACAGCGAGCAGAACUAUAUGAAUAGGUCGUACAGCCUUGUAGAAAGUUUUUUGGAUGAAGAUUUGCCUGCUGGAGGCGAACUCCUUGAUGACCAUGUUACUAACGGAGGGCAGCAUGCCACUGAUGGUAACUUUCUUAAUGCACCACUGUCUGCUGGUUCGUCUUCCCCUCCAAAGCCUUCCAAGAAACGGUGGUUGUCACAGGCUUUAAUGGAGGAAGAUCGGCAACACCAGCAGGCCCUAACGGUUCGCACGACUCCCUCUCCUGAGGAAUCUCUCACACCGCCUGAUUCUUCCAUCAGCAUGACUAAUUCUCAAAAUCAGCGGGCUCUGAACCCCAAGAAACGCAUAAUCUCUCAACUGGAGGAGGCUAUGGCCAGUCAACAAAUUUAUUCUCCACCGAAUUCGGAACAUGUCUCUCCAUCUUCUGAUGCUCUUGCAACGUCUUCUAAACUUCCACCGAAGAAACGUCAAUCUGAAGAGGAGUCAUCAGAAGCAUCCAAGGUCGAAACUGAGUGUCGCCCUGCGGAGAGUCCUCCAAAAGUCAAACCCAAACAGGAAAAAGUCCGGAUGUCUCUCUCUGAGUAUCGUCGUCGUAGGGGUCUUAGCACAGCUUCCAUGGAGUCAGGAGCAGCAAACAAGAUAUCCCCACCUCAGCAACAAUCCACAGAACCAGUAGCAGUACCUCCACUUCCUGUGCCAAGUACUCCUCCUGGUUCUCCUCAGAUCGAUUUGAAACGUCUCCCAACUGUGAGUGCGUUGGGUCCUCUCACCGAGGGUCCCAGAACGCCUAGUGAGCCCCCCAGUGAAGAUGAGGCUGACCGCAAGUCUCAGCAUCCUUUAUCGGCUCCUGCGUCUUUACCGUCUCCGCCUCGUUCUGGAAAUAGGAGGGAAAGUGCUUCUGCUGAACGUUUUGACACCUUCUCUAUCCCUUCUCCCUCAAACUCCCAUAUUCGGACAUCACUUCCUAACCGCCCGCCUUUGGAUGGUUGUGACAGACACCUCUCUGGACAUGCUCAACGCAGAGCUUCUCCUCCACCACCACCAGCGUUAGUGUCCGAAUCUGAUACCACAACACCCACAGCCUCCCCCCCAAAUGCUCCACCCCUUAUUGAGCACCUCCUUCGACGCGAUCGCGAGAUCAUCCAGUGGCAAAUGGAGCGUCAAAAGCACUCUUACUGUAUCACUUCCGCGUCCCAAAUCCACCAUUGUAGAUCAUCAUCAGGCCAUCGUGAUUGUCAUCACCACGAGAGAAGUGGUAGCUAUCAUAGCUACCAACAUCACCGUUAUUCACCAUCGUCAAGAUCUCAUCAUCAUCAGUCAUCUUUACCUCCUACUCAAUUAGAUUCGAAUUCGUCUCCCGGAGCUGAUGGUAAUAGUAACAAUAAUAGCGUGGCAUCUGCCUCUGCAUUUAAUCAUCACCAUCCUCGUCAUGAUAUGGAGGGCAUCCGAGAGUCACUGAUGCAAACGCGAGAGCAUCUACAAGCUCGGUUGAGCGAUCUCCAAAAAGCUGCCGCAGGCGGGAGUGGCUGA